GGUGCUCGAAAGGUGAUGAAACCGACCAUGGCGGCCGGCGGGUCCGAGGUUGAAGACGCGGUCGAUUCGAUCGUCUUGCGUUGUCCCGGAUCAUGAUCUUCCUCGGAGAUGGCGGGCGAGUCGUGGCGGAGCUCGUGGACACGUCGGUGCACCGAGAUGCUGGCGGUGGCUACGCUAAUGGCGUGAGGCGUGCACUGGUGCUCUCGGAGAAGCUCGAGAUCGAGCGAGGCAGAGGGGAAAACAGAGCCACGAGAGAGGGGAAAGGACCACGGGGUCGUCCUCAUCUCCUGGGCGAGGAGGUGGACUUGGUGGAGGCUUCGCCAACGCGAAGCAGGAGGACGCACUCUCAGGUCGUGCGGCCAGCUUCUCCUAUUGUUUCUCAUCUCGGUUCCCCGCCGUCCAGUGAUGCUUCAGCCGUCGACAACCAACGACUACAUGCACUCUUAGAGGUUGUAUUGAGACUGAACCUCAACUUCCCAAGUGAUUUUCAAAAGAACCCAAAUCCUAUCGCACUGAAGGUUGUCGAGGGUUUCAGACACAAAGGAGGCUUAUAGCUCUGAACACCAAGUGCGUAUGUAAUUAUUAUUUAAUGGAGCUAUCUUUUUUGUUUUAUGCAAAAUAUUUAUGCAUAUUUUCUUCUGGGAGAUGAUAACACUUAACUUCAAGUG